GAAAAUCACAUGCCCAUUAUCUGGAAUAACCUAACCGAUCUCUCCAGUGUACCAAUUCAUCCGAUCUACCAUCCCUCCACCGCUAUCUCUCAGCCAGACGGUCGUACGCUAUAUUGUUCUCUCCGUUUCCAGUUCCGCUUCCCUUAGUCCGGGCGCAGUCUAUACCACGCCGAUCGUCUAAUAUCCCGAGGGCCAUGUUGGGGAGCGGGGGGGUUAGAGACGGGUACGACAUCGGCUCAAAGAGACCAAGAAUGACAGAAUCAAAUCCCUACUUUGCAGUGAACAUUAGUCAAAAUGGUUACCCGUUCGGUCAUGGAUAUCCAUCCGCGUCAGCGUUCCCAGUGGUCCGUCUCAGGGGUCUCCCUUUUGACUGUUCAGAAUCCGACAUCCGUCUCUUUUUCGCUGGUCUAGAUAUAAUCGAUGCGUUCAUGGUCAACAAGAAUGGUCGGUUCUCUGGUGAGGCAUUCGUACUGUUUGCCGGAAACAUGCAUGCUGAGAACGCCCUCCUGAGAGACCGUCAGAACAUAGGAAGGAGGUAUGUGGAGGUUUUCAGGUGCAAGAAGCAGGACUACUAUCAGGCUAUUGCUGCUGAGAUGAGAGAGUUGCAGGGUUUCGAACACGACCACCACCACCACAGUUCUCCACCACCACAGGCCCAUAGACCACCUAAACGGACACAGAACAAGGAUCACUUGGAGUAUACUGAGACGUUGAAACUCCGUGGACUUCCCUUUUCAGUCAAUAAAUCAGAUAUUAUCAAGUUUUUUGGUGGGGAUUACAAUCUGACUGAUGAAAAAGUAUGUAUUGGGUAUCGAUCUGACGGGAAGGCUACUGGGGAGGCUUAUGUGGAAUUUUCAUCUCCAGAGGAGGCAAAGAGCGCUAUGUGUAAGGAUAAUAUGAUGAUCGGGUCAAGGUACAUUGAGCUAUUUCCUUCAACUCAGGAUGAAGCAAAGAGGGCUGAUUAUAGGCCAAGAAAGUGAUAUAAUGCUCCCAGUAAUGAACAUAAAAUCCUUUUUUAAAACUUUAAGAACAUUUAAUGCAUCGUUUUCUCUCCUUGUUUGGGAGACUACCAUCUCAAAGGCAUCUCGCAUUUGCUGCAAGUUUACCAUUCCCGUGUCUAAUUAUUAUAAUGCAGUAGUGUUUAAUUAUUAUUGUAUUUUCAACUCAGGAUGAAGCAAAGAGGGCUGAUUAUAGGCCAAGAAAGUGAUAUAAUGCUCCCAGUAAUGAACAUAAAAUCCUUUUGUAAACCUUUAAGAACAUUUAAUGCAUCGUUUUCUCUCCUUGUUUGGGAGACUACCAUCUCGCAUCUGCUGCAAGUUUACCAUUCCCGUGUCUAAUUAUUAUAAUGCAGUAUUGUUUAAUUGUUAUUGUAUUUUCUAUUUAAAAAAAAGCAGAGUACUUGUGCAGAGUCAGCGGACUCAAGGAUAGGUACUUGAUUUCAGUGUUUAAGUUUUCCAGUUUAGUGUCCAUUUACUGGAAGUCUGGUAUAGUGUACUUUGAUUUCAUGUUUAAAUGGUGAUUAGUG